AUGGAUGUCAGAGGGUUAAUUGAAAGCCUAAAGGAGGAUCUCACUUGCUCUAUAUGUCUGGGCUACUUCACUGACCCAGUGACUGUAAAAUGUGGCCACACCUUUUGCACACAGUGUCUUCUCCAGUGUAGGAAGGGAGGUGAUGACACAUUCACCUGCCCAGAGUGCAGAGGACUCAUAAAUUACAGAAAUUUCACACCCAACAAGAGCCUGCAGAAUCUGUCCAACACUGGCAAAAUGCUCAGGCCUCAUUUACUGCAGAGCAUGGUGGGCCUGACCACCUGUGAUCAACAUGGGGAACAAGAGAAGCUCUUCUGUGAGGAAGACCAGAGACCCCUCUGUGAGUCUUGUUCAUUAGCCCCAGAGCACAAGCAUCAUCAUGUUCUUCCCAUGGACAAGGCUACUGAAAAAUACAAGGAGGACGCAAAUUCUCUCAAACAAUCAAUUUUUUCUGAAUAUGAGAAAAUUUACCAGUUCUUACGGAAUGAAGAAAACCAACACCUGCUAAGAUUGGGACAGGAAUUCAGAAACAACAUGGCCAAACAUAAAGUGAACAAAGCCAAACUAUUACUAGAAAUCCAAAAACUCCAAAGAAUGGUAUUAGAUGUGGAGGAGAAUUUGGACAAGGCACCAUCAGAAAUGUUUCGGCAUGCACAAGUGGCCCCAACCACUGUUAUGCCAUCGGAACCUUCCAAGUUGUUCUGUUCUGUAUCUUGCCAGUGGACACAGAUGACACCUGAGGAGAGGGAUAUAACUCUGGAUCCUGAAACAGCCAAUCCUCAUCUCAUCUUGUCUGAAGAUAUGAAGCAUGUCAAGUGUGGAAGUUUCCUACAGAUCCUGCCUGACAGUGAAGAAAUAUCUGUGGAUUAUUUUAUUGUAUUGGGGGCUCAGACCUUUACCUCAGGCAAACACUAUUGGGAAAUAGAGUGGGGAGAUAAUACAGAGUGGGAAGUGGGUGUCUGUAAAGUUUCAGCCAUCCAAAAUGGGAACCUUUCCAUAUUACCUGAGGAUAUAUGUGCACUAGAAGGCUACAGAUGUGUAAAUGAUUUCUUCUUCUGGAAAUUACAACAUGGCCAUUUUGUGAGUGAGCCCAUAGAUAAGAUGGGCAUUUUUCUUGAUUAUGAAAAGGGACAUAUAGCAUUUUACAAUGUCGUAGAAGAAAACCUUAUCUUCAGUUCCCCAGAAAUGAACUUUCAAGGGACUCUUCGCCCUUACUUUGCUCUUUCCCGUCAUAAUGAAGAAGGAACUCUUGCAUCACUCAGUAUAUGUCCCAGGAGCAAGUGA